UGUGCGGUUGUCUUUUUCCCCUGUCUUUAGUCUUGGUAUGUCGUGUUUAUGUGUGUGUUCGCUGUCGAGAGCUGCGCGCGCAUAUUAAACUGUUUAUUUGUGCUUAAUGUUUGUCUUCGCUAUUGAAUAUGAUGUGCAAUAAUCGAUGUAAUCAAAAUUUGGCACACAAAGUGAAUAUGUGUGUGUAAGGUGAAAUGAAAGUGGCUGGCAAAAGUGAAACGCCCACAAAAUCAAAUUGAUCCAAGAAUCUAGCCAAACAACUUGGCCACAAAAGCCCACACAUAAAAAUAGUUACAACAACACCAACGGCUUCUGCACUAAAAAUUUCACCAAGAACAGGCUGUGCUCGCGUGUGUGUGUGUGCAUGUGUGCGGGGUCUGCCAAGCCUGUCAAUUUGAGCGCCUGCAAAGUGUUUUUUUUUGCGCUAUAUGUUUUGUCUUCUUUCUACCUAGUUGUGGAUUAUAUAUGGCAGCUUCAGCUACAGCAGCUGCUGCUUCUUCCUCGGCUUGUAUAGCUGUGGCCUGACUUAAUGGCCUCGAGGCGACGGCAGCUUCCAUUUGAAUUGGCCAUCGGCCGCUGGCCAAGACAGACGUCGCCGCCGCACGCUUAAUCGUAGCAAUGCAGUUGUCAGCGGACGCCAUGGCGACCUCAUCUGGUUCGAAUAUGGAUGCGGCUGCAGCGCGCAGUGAAUGCAAUGGAAAUGCAGCGACAACAACAACAGCAGCAACAAAGAACUCGCCGCGUAGAGAAAAGACAAUACUCGGUUGGCUGGUGAAAAGUGCAAGUGUGAACGAUAAAGCGAACGAUAACGAUAACGAUAACGAUAACGAUACACAUAACGAUAACAACAAUCGCGACACUAGCAAUAGAAGCAACAACAGCAACAACAACUGUAACUGUGAAUCGCGCGCCUUUCGCGAUUUUCGCGGUGUCCAAACGCUGCGCUUGCUCUGGAGCAAGCGCAUCCAUAGCGCCAGCGUCGAGGCAGCCGAGUCGAAUGCCCAACGCCAGGGGCUGGGCACACUGCGUAAGCUGAACAAGUCCGUUAGCUGUUUAGUGAAUGCGUUUAAUAACGCGCGCGACUGGCCCAGCCUGACAAACGCGCACGAAACGCGCGCCAAGCGCGCGGCGAGCUUGCAUAAUCUGCAGGAGGCGCCGUCGGAUCAUCAGCAGCAGCUGCAGCUGCAAUUGCAACGGGACAAGGACAAUUUCUACAAGUACAAAAACGCCGAACAGGCAAAAAUGCAAAGCAAACUGCGACGCAGCAGCGACGCUAACGGUAACGCUAACUCGAACACGACUUUUGUCGCCGUCAAAGCAGGCAACGCGGCGGGCGAGCGUUUGCAGUGGCCCAAGCGCGAGGACGUCAUGGCCAAGUGCACCCAAUCAGAUAAUCAGCAUGAGCAAGCGACUAGCUGUGGGCGAGGGGGAGCGCGAGAUCGGGUGUGUGCGAGCGAGCAGGUGAAUCUUAUCAGCGACCAGUCAGCAGCAGCAGCAGCAGCCCAACAGCCGACGGCAGCAGCAGCAGCGAAUUCAAUUCGCAUUAGUCUAAGCGCGGCGAGCAGCCACAGCGGCAGCAGUGAAUCGCUGCAAACGGUAAAUUCCACAAAUUCCCUCACUUCCAUUGCGACCUCUGGGACUGUGACGUCACGUGCGGGCGGAAAUCGCAGCACGGGCACACGCCGCAAAUACAGCUUCAAAACUCAUGCGGGGAAAUCAUUUCAUCAGCACCACACGCCACGACGCAUGUCCAGUCACAGUCACAAUCACACACACAGUCACCAAGGGGGCGUGGCUGGCGGGGAAUUGAGCGCGGGCGGUGGCGGCGGCGGUGGUGUGGUGCGACAGCUGACGCAACAAUUCAAUGAGAUCAUACAGAAGGAUACGCGUCUGCUGGAGCAGGUCAAGCGCAAGAAUGGAGUAUGGCUAUCACGUGGCUCACAUGUCUACAAGAUCGUGGAGCGAUCAGCUGUGCAGCAGCAGCAGCAACAGCUGGAGCGGGCAGAGCAAUCGAACUCACCGCUGCCAUCGCCGUCGCAAUCGCAGCGCAGCUCCAUGGUGCAGCGGAACAUUAAGAAAUUUGAGAAACUGGAGAAGCCGGUGGUGCCGCAGAAAUCCCAGCAGCUGCUGCGCAAGCAUCAGGAGCUGAUGAGCCAAAGAUCCAGCACUCUGAGCCUGAGCAAGCAGAUGAGGAACAAGCGCAGUCGCAGUCAACAGCAGCUGAUGCUGGAGCUGGAGCAGCAGCAGCUGAAGCUGGAGGUGGUCAAUGAGGAGGUGAAGACGCCCGUGGAGCUGAAUGCCAGCACGGAUGAGGGUGUGCAAUCGGAUCUGGAUGAUGCUAACAAACCAAAGCCCACUCUGAAAGAGCUCGCUCCCGAUGAGCUGGAUGACGUGGAGGCGGAGGAGCGGCAAAAGCAGCGCAAGCAUAAAUAUGCAACGAUCUAUGAGAAGCUGCGCCUGCUGCCUUUUAUUAAAAGCGGCAAGAAAACAGCCACGCCCGCCAAUUGUGCAACUGAGAAAGAGGCAACAUUAGAGCAGGAGCCGGAUCAGGAGCAAGAGCAGCAGCAGCAGUCGCUGGUCUUACCCUGCGUGGAAGCAGAUGCCAAGAUCUUGGCUGCACUCGAGGUGCUGGAUCACAAGUUGAAGAUACUCGGAGAGCCGGCGAAGACCACGGAUGGGGAGCUGCUGCUCGCUGCCAACGAUGACUUCGAGCAGCGUCUGCUGCCCAAUAGCUCCUUCAUCUAUCAGGCGGCCAAUAAGCAAGUGUCUAACAAUCAGCUGCUGCUCAACCAGGCGGUGAAUGUGACACUGGUGAAUGCCAUCGAGGGUGAGCAAAUGAUCAUGGAGCAGAAGCAGCUGGCCAAGGAAGCACAGCAGCUGCCAGAGGGGCAGGAGGAGGAGCAGGAGCUGGAGCCCAUGUAUGAGCCCAUCACGCCCUCAACGGAGAUCAAGACUGAGCCACAGGCGUCGAGCCUGUAUAAGAUUACAAACCAAAUGGAUAAGGACAAGGAGACAUCGCUUCCAGUGGAGGACAUCUAUCAGACGGUAGAAGAGGCCACAACAACAACAAUAACAAUGACAACAACAGCAGUAGCAGGAGCGGGAGCUGGAGCAGAAGCAGGAGUAGCUGCAACACAGAGCAACUGGCAGGAGGGCUAUGAGUCCAUAGCAGGGUCUUCAGGAAAUAGCGAUGACUAUGAAUCCUUUGCUACUCCAGCCACGCCCACUACUCCAAUCUCUUCAAACACCGGCACACUUGGGCGCAAUACGCGCGAUGAGUUGCCUGAGCUGCCCAAGCCCAAGCGCGUGCUGCCCAAAUCUCCACGCAAUCUGCGACCUGCACCGGCAAAGCCUUCACAGCCAAGUCGACUGUCUGGCAAGGCCUGUGCUGCUCCAGCCUCGACGGAUGAGGAAGAUGAGAACAUCUAUGACACCAUCAAAGGCUGCUACGAGUCGCUGGCGUUGCAGCGUAGCAAGACGGAUGCCAUUUCAAUCAGCUCCAACUGCUAUGAGAGCAUCUCCAACUAUCGCAAGAGCAAGAACUCAGGUGGACUGAGUGAGGGAGUCGCAGUGGGAGCCACAGCGUCCGGCGUCCAGCUGUCUAGCAGUGGCUCCACUCUCACGCUCUCUUCAGAUCAUCGCACUAAUAGUUUAUAUGAAGCCUCGCUAGCUACAGGCGUGAUCUAUGGCAGUGGCUGUCGCUCCUCCCUGGCUAGCAGCAGCGCCGGCAGCGGCGCUGGCAGCGGCGUUGGCAGCGCUGCGGGCAGCAGCGGCGCAGGCAAGCAGUGCGACAAGCGAUCAUCCAUAGCUGGCUCCAGUGACAAUAGCGAUGCCUGGGUGGACAUAUCCGAUGCCGAGGCGGAGCCAGCUGCGGUAACAACCACAGCCGUCGGCGAGGCACAGUUCGUUGUCGUUCGGGAACGUUUCAAGCAGCAUCGCGUUCGCAGUCCCGAUUGGUCGAAACGCAUCAGAGACAAACGACUGCAACAAAACAAGGCCAAAAGUUGCAUUGAAGAUGACUCGGACCACUAUUACGAGACGUUGUCGCCGAUGCUCAACAAGCGUCACUCGACGCAGCUGCUGCCCGGGCAGCAUCACAAACGGCAUCAGGAGCGCAGCAAGCAGCAAUCAGCAUCGGCGCAUGCGCUGGGCGAACAUCAAAUAUAUUCGGAUGACUACGAUUCGUUUGAAACAGACAGCGAUGAGCAUACGGAGCCAGAGCAGCGCCUGCAGCACCACAAUGACAGCGGCGUGGAUAUGCGGAAUCAUCGACUGCCAUUGCCGCCGGCGCCACAGAAUCAAGUCUAUGCCAUAGUGCGCAAAUUCAAGGACUUUAUCUCGAACAAGAAGUCGCAGAAGGGCAGCCAGCAAAAGAUCUACGAGAACAGCGGCGCACAGUUCUAUGUGGAGUGCCGCAAGCAGGAGCAAUAUGAGCCGGCCGGCUCGUUGAGCAGUUCCGAGCGCAAUCUGCUAGCCACUCAGAGUCAACAGGAUCAGCAGCAGCAGCAGCAGUCGUCGUCAUCUGCUAGCCUGCUGAGACCCAAGCAAAAGAAUGGCAAGAGUCUGAGAUCGAGGCUACGCAAGAGCCUGGUAGGCGCCACCUUUGAUACGAAACAGCUGGCGGCGCUGACGCCAACGCGCAGCACGUUCUACAUUGAGGAUCCCGCAACGCCGCAGCAGCAGGAGCAUCACGGCUCUGGCGAACUGGAUUCGGGCUUCUCGGAGAAGGCGUCUUCGGGCGAUAUACCCGUUAUGCCGUCAACGCCCAGCGCUGAGUCGCAAAAGUUCUCCACGAUUGCACGGAAGACCAAGAAGGAAGCGAAGGCCAUGCGUCGUCGCACCACUAUUGGCGUGCGCCCGCAUGAUCCGCCGCCACCGCCGCCGCCGUCAGUAGAACUGCGCAACAGUAGCAAUAGAACGCAGCUGGAUCCACAUUCACCCACCUCUUGGUAUGCGGAAUGCGGUGUCUUCAAACAGUCAACAACAGCGCCAACAACACCACAUGGUAAUGAUGAACCAGCCACGCCCACACCGAUCACGCCUGGUGGCGGCAGCAGCUCAUGGUAUACCGAGUCAGGCUUGUAUCAGACCAGCGGCAUCUCCGUGGCCAGCUCGAGCGGCAGCUCUGGCGUCUCUACGGGCAACGAGGCGGGUCUGGGCGAUGAGCUGCAGCCGCACAGCUUGUUCUUCAACGAACCACUUUACCAGGUCUACAGCGCAGCCAAGCUGGAGUCCAUUACACGUGAUCUAGAGGAGCAUGAGAGUUCAACGGAUGGCUAUGAGGAGAUUGGGCAGAAUGCGCAUUCCAAAACUCAACCGACGCAGCAGACCCAAAAGCCACGUCCCAGUGCUUUGCAGCUGGUGGAGCCCAAGAACGGGCCAUCGCGUACGCUGUGGAGCGAAAUACCAGAGGUCAUCCAUUCCUGCAUUCUACCUACAUUGACGCCGCGGGAGCGUGGCCUACAGGAGGCCAAGUUCGAGAUCAUGACUUCGGAGGCGAGUUAUUUGAAGUCUCUCAAUCUGUUGCGUCGCCACUUUAUGAACAAUACCGCCUUCUGCGAUAGCUCCGUGCUAAGCACGAAGGAUCGCAAGGCGCUAUUCUCCUACAUUGUGCCCGUGCAUGAAUGCUCGGAGCGUCUGCUAACCGAACUGGAAUGUUGCUGGCAGAACAAUAUUAUGUUGGUCGGACUGAGCCGUUGCAUCUAUGAGAUUGCUGAGCGGCAUUUCCAUGUCUACAUCACAUUCUGUGAGCAUCAGGGACGCAUGGAUCGCACGCUGCGUCGUUUGAAGGAGGCCAAGAAUGGAGCGUUCCAGCAGCAGCUGGAAAAGCUGGAGUCCAGUCCCAGUUGCUGUGGACUCAAUCUGCAUUCAUUCCUCAUGCUGCCCAUGCAGCGAAUCACGCGUCUUCCACUGCUCAUCGAUGCGGUGUUUAGCAAGGAGUCACCACACAAUGCCGAGGAGUACGAAAGCUGGAAACUAGCCCUGGCGCUCGUCCAGAAAAUCGUCGCCCAGUGCAAUGAGGCAGCCAAUCGUUGUGAGCAAGCCUACGAGUUGGAGCGUAUCUCCAAGCAGUUAGAGUUCCCCAGUCAUAUACGCGCCCUUGCCAUUACGCCAAUGGGUGUGCCCAAGCAGGGGGCCAAGCCUCGCUUUCUGGUCAAACGGGGUGAGUUGACUCACCUAAUGUGGCGCGGCGAUGAUGCGAAGCUGACGUUUGGCAAACGCUUCACCAAGUCGAGCAUCUAUGCAUUCCUCUUCUCCGAUCUGCUGGUGCUCUGCAAACGCAAGGGCGAGUCCAACUUUUCGGUGUUCGACUACUGUCCAAGGAGUAUGUUGACCCUUACAUCUGGCGACAAUCUGCCCCAGCUGCCCACCAAAGACAUCAAGGAUCCGACUAGCAAAAAUCUCAUGCUGAUGACGCUGCUGGAGAACAAUGAGCGCAAGACAAUAGAACUUGUGCUGUCGUGCCCAUCAGUGUCGGACCAGCAGCGCUGGCUGGAGGCCAUGCGUCCACCGGAGGCGGAAACGCCUGGUGAGAAACUGUACGAGUCGUGGGACUGUCCGCAGGUUAUUGCCAAGCACAGCUACGAAUCUGAUGAGCCAGAUGUGCUACAGCUGGAGCUGGGCGACGUGGUUAAUGUGUCACGCAAGCUGCCGGAUGGUUGGUAUCAGGGCGAACGUAUUCGGGAUGGAGCUGUCGGCUGGUUUCCCGGCAGCUAUACCGAGGAGUUGAAUUCGUCCCAUGUUCGCGCACGCAAUUUGAAGCAGAGACAUCGCCUACUCACCUUUACCGCCACCUAUUUGGAGGCGCAGAAGGGCAAAUGAUUCUCGACGCCAUCUCCAAUUACGGCCACAAUAAAUUGAGCCGAGUAUUCAAAUCAAAUAGUCCAUCAAUACAAUUUAUAUAAGUACAUUAUAUAUAUAUC